CAUUAACACUUCCCACUUUAUAUCUAUAGCUUCAUCUUCACCCAUUUAGGUUAACAUAUACCACCGUCAGCGGCGCACGUUAACCAUGGAUCGCAACGCCGUCUUCCUCACGGCUUUCAUCUGCAUUGUCAUCUCCUCCGUCGGCGGUCAAUCUCCCUCCUCCUCCCCCACCACCUCCCCACCGCAAGUGGUCGCAUCUCCUCCUCCUACCACCACCGCUCCCCCACCUCAAGUCGCAUCUCCACCAACCUCCACUCCUCCCCCUGUUGCCGCUCCUCCCACCGUUGCGUCACCACCACCAACUACUCCUCCUCCUGUUGCUUCACCACCACCGGCUACCCCUCCUCCUGUUGCAUCACCACCUCCAGCUACUCCUCCUCCUGUUGCAUCACCGCCACCAGCUACCCCUCCUCCUGUCGCCUCACCACCACCUGCUCCACUCGCUUCCCCCCUUGCUCCUGUCCCCGUUUCAUCUCCGACUCCUAGUGUGACUCCGACGGUUGCUCCUUCUCCUUUACUUUCAAGCCCACCGGCACCUCCCACCGGUGCUCCUUCUCCUUCUCUUGCCACCGAUCUAUCUCCGGCACCAUCUGCUACCGAUGUGAGUGGCGUAGAAAAGAUGGGUUCAAUGGUUGGGAGCAUUGUUUUUGGAUGUGCUCUUGUUUACUCGUUAUUCUAGAGAUUGAUGGAUAUUUUUAUGGAAUUGAGAUGGGUUCUAUAUAGUUUUCGGGGAGUAUGGUUGAAUGCCUUUGCAUUGUAUUUGGAGUAGCUAUAUACAUUCUUUUGGGGGGAUGAUGAUGAUGUUUCUUGUAAUUUUGAUUCUGAUAUUGUGGACGACUUAUAUUGUUUUGAUUUAUGCUACUUUAUGAUCUAUUUUGGAAAGGAAUUGUCAUAUGAGUUGUGUGGGUUGAGUUGCUCAUACAUGUUUCUUAAAGUUGCAAUCUACAUCAUACACCACAGUUUUAAAUAUGUUCUUUAAAAUAAUUGUGUUUGUGAAAAAGUUGCUCGAAAAGAGAGUUUCUGGUUAGAAAAGUAGGAUCGAAUAUCAAAACUAAUUUGUAUAAUCUUAGUGCUUGUGUAUCAAAAUAUUGUCCAAAAUAUAUAACUCCAACUCUAAUACAUGUAGUAUUAUGAAAUUGGGUUUGGGAUGAUAAAAAAAAA